AUGCGCGUAUCGUCCUUGCUGCUGUUGCUGUCUGUGCCCAGAAGCUACCCGACGCGUGGAGGUGCAGGCAAGGAGGUAGUCAGUGACUGGUUUCACAAUUCUGUCAAGGCUGAUGUUCUUUGCAGUCAAACUCUGCCAAGUCAAGAUGAAUAUCAGGCAUUCGUUUUCAAAUGGAAAUGGGACAUAUCAGAAAUACCAUCCCCGUCGUUACCGGACUUAGCCCAGUUACAAACAGACAUGAAGCGGAUUGCGCGGAGAUGGGUAAAGCCAAUUGAGUCUGGCGCCAUGGGGCGGGGAGUUAGAAUGGUAUUCGUUAUCCAAUUCUUUCCAUCAAUAUCUACUCUUUGA